GGACUCGCUUCCCAGCGUGCCGCGCGCAAAGCCCGCGCGCUCGCUCUCUCCCUCUCCUCUUCCAGCCUCUCUCGCAGUCGGUCUUCUUACUGAGGAGGAGGCGGCGGCGGCGGCGGCGGCUUGAACGACAACGACCUGGGCACGCGGCAGCAGGGGGCAGCGGCAGGAAGGGCUCGAGGCCGGGCGGUGUCGUCGUCGGCUGUGAGGAGAAGAAGAAGGCGCGCCGCGGCGGCGGCGACGGCUCAGUCCGACCAUGUCGGGCGAGGAGGAGGCGGCCGAGCUGACGAUCGCGGAAGAUGUGGUCGUGAACAAGUACAAGAUGGGGGGAGAAAUAGCCAACCGAGUCCUGCGGACUGUGGUAGAAGCAGCUAAGCCUGGAGUGUCGGUCCUCAGCUUAUGUGAGAGAGGGGAUGCCAUGAUUAUGGAAGAGACUGGCAAAAUCUUUAAGAAAGAGAAAGAUAUGAAGAAAGGUAUUGCCUUCCCCACAAGUAUAUCGGUAAAUAACUGUGUCUGUCACUUCUCCCCCUUGAAGAGUGACCAGGAUUACAUUCUCAAAGAUGGUGAUUUGGUCAAAAUUGACCUGGGAGUCCAUGUUGAUGGCUUCAUAGCAAAUGUAGCUCACAGUUUUGUCAUUGAUGCAUCAAAGGAAACUCCAGUGUCAGGUCGCAAAGCUGAUGUCAUCAAAGCUGCUCACCUCUGUGCUGAAGCUGCUCUGCGUUUGGUUAAGCCUGGAAACCAGAAUUCACAAGUGACAGAUGCCUGGAACAAGAUAGCUCAUUCAUUUAACUGCACACCCAUUGAAGGGAUGCUAUCACACCAGCUGAAGCAGCAUGUGAUAGAUGGGGAGAAGACUAUCAUCCAGAACCCCUCAGACCAGCAAAGAAAGGACCAUGAAAAAGCAGAAUUUGAGGUCCAUGAAGUUUAUGCCAUUGAUGUUCUCAUCAGCACUGGAGAAGGAAAGGCAAAGGAUGCUGGGCAGAGAACUACAAUUUACAAAAGGGACCCUUCCAAGCAAUAUGGUUUGAAAAUGAAAACUUCCCGUGCCUUUUUCAGUGAGGUGGAAAGACGCUUUGAUGCUAUGCCAUUCACACUCAGGGCAUUUGAGGAUGAAAAGAAGGCAAGGAUGGGAGUAGUAGAAUGUGCUAAACAUGAGCUGCUACAGCCUUUUAAUGUCCUCUAUGAUAAAGAAGGAGAGUUUGUUGCCCAGUUUAAGUUCACGGUGCUUUUAAUGCCCAAUGGCCCCAUGAGGAUAACUAGCGGUCCUUUUGAGCCUGAACUCUACAAAUCAGAAUUUGAGGUGCAAGAUGCAGAUCUGAAGGCACUCCUACAAAGCUCAGCAAGCCGUAAGGCCCAAAAAAAGAAGAAAAAGAAGGCCUCCAAGAAUGCCGAGAACGCCACAACAGGGGAAACAGCAGAAGAGAAUGAGACUGGUGACUGAACAGCUCUGACCGCCUCUGCGUAGCACCUGAUUCUUUCUCUCACAUGCCCCAACUCAAAACAAGAGAAACAAAUAUCCAUUUACGGCUGUUUGUCUCAUAGGACCAAAUGACAAAUAGCCUGGACUUCCCACAGAGUGUAACCAGUUGUGACUGACUUUGCCACUGAGGGAGGAGUCUCUUGGCCACUUCAGAAUACUUUUAAAAGUAUGAAAUAAUAAAAUCAGGAGUAAAAACUAGCCUACAUCCAGUCUUUAUAGCCUUUGAUACUACUUAUGCUCAUUAGAGGUGAACAAAUACAGUUCUGAGUUUUCCUCUAGUUCUCCUCUCCCCCGCCCAUUCCUUUUUACAAGUACUCUGAUUCCUCUGAAAAAUCCUCAAGUUUCUUUUCACAACUGAAGUUAAAAAUGCAAAAGCUCUUGGGUUUAGAAUUUCAUUACAUGCAGUUAAUGUAACUUGCAUGCCUUCUUGCUAUAAUAAUCUUCAGUCAUUUUUUUUCUGGCUUAAACCAUAUAGGACAUUCUUAGGGUUCUUUUGUGUGUGUGUUUCUUUUUAAACUAUCAACCUUGUAUUUUUAAAGUUGACAGGAAGCUGGUUUAAAGAUCAUUCUCCGAGUAGAUAGCUUGUCUUCGUAAAGAUUCUACAUUUCUUUUAAUUUGUGUGAUUUUUUUUAAAAAAAAUAAUAAUUACCCCAGUGCAAAAAUGUGGUAACUCUCUUACAAAUCCUUUGAGACAAAACUAAUACCUGCAGCUUCCUCCCUCUAGUUUUCAUUUGACAUUUUAUUCAUCUGCACUUGUCUGUUGCUUUUUGUGGACUAAAGAUGGUUAUCCAGUGGUUAUCCAUCUGCUAACAGGAAGAACCUGUCAGUGGAAUAGAGAAGGCAGGCAAUUUUUUCGCUAUUUCCCCUCUCCUUUGCAGCCCUCUGUGCUCCUCAGAUCUGCUCUGGAAGGUCACCCAGCCUUCUGGAGCAGAUUUAAGGGGUUGCAGGGGUUGUGUGGAAAGAGGGAAUAGCCAAAAAUUGCCUGUCUUCCCUAUUCCACCGACAGAUUGCUUCAGUCAGUGCAUGGACACUUGGAUAUUUCCAUUCAACUUGCCACUGCUCAGGUUGAUAAGUCGUAUAAAGUAGGAUUUUUCAGAAAAAUUCCCUCCAAACAUCUUUUUUACAUGAAUGAAUGCAAUGCUAUGUAAGUGGUUGGACCUGGUAUAAGCUCUUUGUGGGAAUCACUUUUCUAUAGUAUGUCUUUUUAAAUUGUCCAAUUGAAUUGUAUAUGAUUGUGGGAUUUUUUUUCUAUUGUAUUCCUAACCAGGUCCCUGUCUAAGACACUUACUGUAGCUGAAUUGAAGACCUGUCUUGUUAGGAGGGGGAGCUCUUAUGCUCUCUGGCAGGCAAAGUCCUUCUUGACCAAUACAUCUGGAUUUCAAAUAUAUAAAAAUUUUUUUAAAAAAAUUACAGUUACUACCAAAGUUUUAAGUCCAUAAAAGGAAAUAAACACAUGUCUUUUUUUCCCUGAAAAACCUUUUCCAUCACUCUUUGUAAACUUUCUACUUUUGAUUUCUACUCUGUUCUCUUGCUCUUUUGUAAGGGUUGCUUUCAGUGCUGCAUUUGGGAGGUAAAAUUGGGAACAUGUUGAGCGGAGGUUGAAUCGUAUGAAAGUGAGCCUGGAGGAUCAUGCACAAGACUUGCAAUUAACUGCCAUUUUAGUUUUGAACUGCUCCCAUUUUGUUAACCAUGAACAAGGGAGGGGGGAGAACUUGUUCAAACGAGGAAUAUUUUAGCAUUUAUAAGUAAAUAUGUUUUCGUACCGCCUUUCCAUAAAGGAAAGGCUUGAGUUCAGCCACAUUACCAGUUUAUAAACCACUAAGACUUGCUGGCGGUUAAUUUAAUUUUCUAUCUUUAUUUUGAAACUUCAAGGCAAUUGUAUCUCUUGAUUUGAAAAAAAAAAUGCAUUUGGAAAUUUUGGAAGAAAAUUCCCACAAACUGUUCUGUAACUUGAUUUUUUUCCAAAUAAAAUUGAUUAGUGACACCUCUG